CGACCGCAGACGUGUGCGAUACCUCGUGUCUGCAAGAUGAAAAACCGCUGGCUUCUAAUCCUGGUGGUGGUCUCUGUGUGCGCCUCACUUGCCAGCCAUGUUGACGCAGCCAACCUGUUGGUUUUCUUCCCGCUCCCAGCCAGAAGUCACUGGUUUGCUCUGAGGCCACUCAUCGCAGAGCUUUCGAACAGAGGCCACAACAUCACAUUAGUGAUAUCUGAAGUGGAGAAGGACCUGCCUGACAACUGGGAAAUCAUAAGAGUUCCAGUGAUACUUCCACCAACCGAUGGGAAUCGAAAUGCAUUCCAGACACAAAGUGCCAUGGUAAACGGUUGGGUGAUAUAUACCUUCUUGAGCUACAUGGGUUCAGAGAUGUGUGAGAAAUACUUGCAGCAUGAAGUCUUCCAAAAUCUGAUAGAGACAACAGAAAGGAAAUUCGACCUCCUUCUCAUGGAAUUCUUCAUGAAUGAAUGCCUAAUAGCCUACUCUCACAAAUUCAGUGUUCCUGUGGUUGCUCUAUCUUCUUUUGGUGGAUUUCCCAUGACAACCGAUGUAGUUGGGGACCCAUAUUUGCCGUCAUAUGUUCCUGAUACUAUGUUCGAGUAUACAGACCAAAUGACUUUCUGGCAACGAUUAAAGAACGGUUUGUUAGUCAUGUACGCAAGAUGCAUUUACAGUCAUUGGUACUAUCCGAAACUUGAUAAAAUCGUUCACAAGUAUUUCAAUGAUCCAACGAUGCCAAGUGUGUCAACCCUGCUGACCAACACGUCUCUGGUGAUCCUUCAGAGUCACGUCAGCUUCAGUUACCCUCGACCCCAUGUGCCCAACGUGAUUGAGACUGGAGGAAUGCAUAUCCAACAACCACAGGCGCUACCAAAGGAUCUGAAGAAACUAAUGGACGCCGCAGAGGACGGCAUCAUAUUUUUCAGUAUGGGUUCUGCUGUAAAGAGCUCAGAUUUUCCAGAGGAGAAGCUCCAGGCCUUUAUAGGCGCGUUCUCCAGGCUGAAACAACUCGUCCUCUGGAAGUGGGAGAAUGACACGAUGCCUGGAAAACCACCGAAUGUACAUCUGAGCAAAUGGUUUCCGCAGUCUGAUUUGUUAGCCCACAAGAACAUGAGACUGUUCAUGUCUCACGGAGGACUGCAGAGCACUCUGGAAGCGACGGCUCGGGGAGUUCCGCUGAUCGGCAUGCCAGUGAUGGCUGAGCAACGUUACAAUGUGCAGAGGGUCGUCAAGCACGGUUACGGGAUCAGGCUGGACCUCACCAACGUAACUGCCCAGUCUGUGGAGUGGGCUGUUUACGAAGUUUUAAGUAACCCAAAGUACCGCGAGAACGCUAAGCUGCGGUCCCGCCUGUUCUGGGACCGUCCAGAGAGCCCUGUGGAGACGGCCGUGUACUGGACAGAGUACGUGCUGAGGCACCGGGGCGCCCCCCACCUGCGCAGCGCCGCCCUCCACCUCAGCUGGUACCAGUACCUCCUGCUGGACGUCGCUGCCCUGCUGCUAUCUGGAGCACUCCUAGUUCUUACAAUCGCUGUCGUGGCAGUCAGGACACUCUACAGGCUAAUCACAGCAAGAACUUCUGCGUCACACCAACAGAAGAAAAAGAAAACAAUGAAGAAGGAGUGAAGGAGACGUCUUACCCUAGCGGUGCCGCAGCCGAAGAGACGCUACACUCAGUGUAGCAGGAUUAAUAACUGACAGUACAAACAACGUGUCCAUGACGAUUUGCGACUCACGUUACAAAACGUGAUAUCAAGUCUCCGAGUGCUAGCUAGGUAAAUCCCUUCUGUCCCAACUCGUGUGUAUGUGUAUCCAUGACGAUUUGCGACUCACGUUACAAAACGUGAUAUCAAGUCUCCGAGUGCUAGCUAGCUAGGUAAAUCCCUUCUGUCCCAACUCAUGUGUAUGUGUAUCCAUGACGAUUUGCGACUCACGUUACAAAACGUGAUAUCAAGUCUCCGAGUGCUAGCUAGGUAAAUCCCUUCUGUCCCAACUCAUGUGUAUCGUUAUUUAUCGGUUCUGUUGAUAGCCAACUUCAAAGUACUUUAGUCGUUCAUAAGAAAUGUGCUGGGAAUUCACAGACAGAGGUCAUACUCCAUAGGCUCUGAAGUGAUGAGUAGUUGGGAAGCUUCAUGUUAUGGAAAUGUAUUGUACUGAAGUUAAUCUGUUUAUUCUUCUGUUGUCUUCAGGAUCUGAAAUGGAGACGGUGGAUGAGACGUACAGGGUGGUUUAUCUGCCCUACAAAUGUCGCUUUUAUGCAACCCACAAUGAUACAUAUGGCCUUAAAAAAACACGUACGACAUUUUCAUAUUCUCUCGCUCGCUAUGCGGUAACUAAUAGUCCUAUAGAAAAAUUGACCUUUUUGUUGGAAAUAUGGGAAUGGGAUACAAGUUCACUGGAGACCAUGGUUAUUCGAGAAAACGUACAAAAAUGACCUUCUAACGCACCUCCCCCCCCCCC